GAGGGCGCUCGGGGGCCGCGGUCCCGCGGCAGCGCCCGCCAUGUUUCCCAGCAGACCACUCUGCCCGCCGCCCGCCUGAGCCUGCCGGCGGCCGGCCCUACCCGGCCCGGCGGCCGUCCGCCUCCGCCGCCGGGGCACUCAAAAUCAGAAGAAACUCCUGAAAAUUUGUCUGUUCAGCCUGCUAGGUCUGCUCCCAGAGGCUUUGGUGUGGAGGAGGCUCCGGUGCGGAGGAGGCUCUCUUGGCUGCUAGGGCUGAAGGAGAGGUCGGUCUGAGCCGGGAAGGACUCCUGGUCUGGUAAUGUGAAUGCUGGUCUGAGCUCUGCAAGGGGAGCCCCGAGUGCACAGCAGAAAUUCGUAUCACCCAGCUGAGGACAAGGAGGACUAAACCGGAGCUGAUUCACUUCCAUCCCACGGGAGCGCUCUUGGGAGGCUUGGUGCCUUGGAGGAGAGAGGAUGGCUCAGGAGACGAACCAGACCCAGGUGCCUCUGUUGUGCACCACAGGCUGUGGAUUUUAUGGCAGCCCCCGGACUAACGGGAUGUGCUCCAUUUGCUAUAAGGAGUUUCUGCAGAGGCAGCAGAGCAGUGACCGGAUAAGCCCCCCAGCACCCAGUGGUCCCAACAGCAGCCCCAUGGCUUCAGAUUCAGUUGCAGGGCAGCGUGCAGAGGGGGACUCCAUGCCUGAGGAUGUGAAAGCCAGUGCUCAAACUCCUGUGACCCAUCAGAUGACGGCCAUGAGCAUAUCCAGAGAAGAAAACAGCAGUGAGCCAGAAGAACUGAUCAAGACAGAAGAAGCCUCAUCAGCAUCUUCCUCAUCAGGUACCCUGCUUGAAAUAUCCCAGAACACAGCUGAGAACAAGACAGCUUCAGAAAAGCCAAAACAGAAGAAGAAUCGCUGCUUUACUUGCCGGAAGAAGAUAGGGCUAACUGGCUUUGACUGCCGCUGCGGGAACCUGUUCUGUGCCAUUCACCGGUACUCUGAUGUGCAUGCCUGCCCCUACGACUACAAGGCAGAAGCUGCUGAGAAGAUCCGUAAGGAGAACCCCAUCGUUAUUGCUGAGAAGAUCCAGAAGUUGUGAAGGGGGCUGAGCAGCUCCAACUGCAGCCAGGUGGCCUGGUGCUCCUCCCCUUCCUCCCAGCCCCAUCAGUGGUGCGAUAGGGACUCCAGCAGCACACGUGAACCAGCACCCGGAUACGGAGACUCCUCGCACCUCCUCUUUGGCAGAAGGCUGCCGUUCCUCCUCUCCCUCCAUUACCCGUAUGACAGCCACAGCUCAGCUGAUCCCUUCUCGACCAGCUUCCCAAGGGAAAAGGGACCAUCCCGCCCCACCGCUCCAGUGCCGAGACCUUUGGACUUGGUUCUGCUGGGGCGGUUUGCACGGCCUGGGCAGCAGGGCUCUGCCAGCCAGCCUUGCCCUUCAGCUGGCAGCUCUGAGUCCUGCGAACCACCUGGGACUCGCGGCUGGGGCCCGGGAGCUGCCGCUGGACUUUGUUCCCUCUGUACCGCCAUCUCUUUGUGGCAGAUGUAAAACCGGGAGCUGGGGAAUCCUGGCAGCAAGGCUGCCUUCUGCUCCCCUAGAGGUGUUUGUUCUCAGAUGCAGAAAAGGAUUCUGUAGUUUUAACACCCCAAAUACCCCUCCCCUCCCUUUGAGACACUGUUGUUGAAGCACUGGGGUGGUUAAGCAGCAGAGUACCGGCACAGUGAAGUUAUUUUGUGGCUUGAAGCAAUGUAGACACAUUCCAGCCACAGGUCAGGACCUUUAGGAAAGUACUGCUUUGUGGCAUUUACUUGUUCCACACUGCUCGCUGCCUCAUGCCCCUCACCACAGGGAGGGAGCCAGCCUGCCAGGCUUGCUGCGUCCAGGGACGCAGCAAGCCUGAGGGACACCCUUGCACCAGCCUCUCAUGCUUCAACGCCCCCUGAAUAACUGUUGGCCACUUCCCAAGUGAGGUUUGUUGUAACAGCAGCGCCUGCGCCUCUCCUUUCCCCUCUGCUCCCUGCUUUCUGCCUUACGCCAUUCUUUCUCAUCAGGGUUGUGCACAAAGCUCAGAUCACCAAACUUCUGCUUCCUUUCCUGUCUCUGCACGCAGGUGGAUGGCAGGGCCCCCUCCUUCCCCAUGGUCCUCGCCAGUACUCGGUGAGAGCCUUUCUCCCCUGAGAGCAUGUUGGCUCAGCAAGCCCACCCACCCCUCCCUGCUCUCCCGCCCCACUACUUGUCCCCAUGGGAUGGGAGGCAGGGCCAGAUCCCCAGGAGAUGCUCUAGAAGCCACACAGAGGGAUCUGGGGCACAGGGAAAGGCACGUGGAGGGCUGCAGGGCAUGUGAAAAGUCACAAGGAGGGUCCUGGGGUGCCCAGAAGCACAGGCAGAGGCUUUCAGAAAAGCUCAUGGGGAGCCCUGGGGAGCAGGGAGAGGCACUUGGAGGGCUCUGGGCCCACAGAAAGACUUGUAGAGUUCUUGGGGGUGCUGGAAGACUCAGGGAGGGCUCUGGGGUGCAAGGGAAGGCAAAAGCAGAGCUUUGGGGUACACUGAACAUGCUCAGAGGACUUGAGCACCCCAAAAGGUACCUGUAAGGCUCUGGGGCACAUCCAUGCUCACAGAUACACGUGGAGGGCUCUGGGGUGCUGAAUGCUGGGCUCAGUAGCACUCCAGAAAAAAUGUGGAGGGCUCUGGGGGUGUUAGAAAGGAAAAUGUGGGGCUUGGGUAUGCAGUGAGACAGGUGGAGGCUCCUGGGGUGAGCUCAAAGCCACCUCUGGGAAUGCUGGGAGCAGGGCUGCAGCCAUGGGGCUCCUAGUGGUCUCACAAGCAGAGAAACCCAGAUGGUCCCAGGGAAAAAGCGGCAGCCUCUGCCCCACUUCUGGCCAUCCCACGCUUUGGAAACAUUUUUCUGCAGCAUCAGCUCAUACAAGGGCAUCAGAGAGUGGAGCUGCAGGGGCUGAACUGGCGGCUAGGGGAAAUCAUGGCAGCUCCUUCCAAGCGUCAGCUUCUUCCUCUAUUUAUGGCAAUUCUGCCCUGGGGUUUGUGGGGGAAACAUUCCAAAGGUUUUGUUUUUCCUAUAUGAUUUCAGCCAAAGCAGUGUGCGCCCUGCGGCAGCUACCAUUGUACAGCGCUGCCAGGAGGAUUCAGACCUCCAAAAAUGGUGCAAAUGCCUUUUCCUCAGGUUUUUGCUUCUGGGUAACAUGGGCGUCACGUCCGGAGCGCAUGAGUGGCAGCAUGUUUUAGUGUCAGGACGCACCUGGGCCGUAAGCACGGUGCCAGCGGUGCAUGGCAAGGCUGGGUUUCACCGUUGAGGUUUUUGGCUGAGAACAAGCCAUCACUCUCGGGGUGGGGGGAAGCUGUGAGAAGUUGCAACCACCCCUUGCCUUGUGUUCGCAUGAAGGCCAGCAGCCCCUGGGGAGGGGAAACAGUUCCCGUGGAUGCACCGGGAAAACCCACAUGGCAAAAGGGCAGCCGCCCACUUCACCACCACCUACCUUUUCCCUUUUGUUUCUUUCUUCUUCAUAUGUGUAAAUAUUAAAACAGUCUAGUUUGCUUGGA